AUGGCUUCUGUGAUUGGACAUCAGGAAGAAAUUUUUACCUCUGAGGGUGGUGAGGCAGUGGCACGGGUUGCCCAGGGAGGCUGCGGAUGCCCCAUCAUUCGUGCUCAAAGCCAGCUUGAAUGGGGCCCUGAGCAUCCUGGUCUGGUGGAAGGAGUCCCUACACCUGCCAGCCUGACUUCUCCGACCCUGAGCAGCGCUGCGCUCGAAUUCAUUUCUCAGCGCAAGUUCAUCGGCGUAGCAAAGGGCAAACGGCAGCGCCACAGGAAAAUACCGAGGUGCCGCCUGCACCUUCGACACCGACUUCACGAUCCCUUCAGCAUUCGGGAUCCUGGAGCUCCAUCUACUGGUGCCGCGGGACCGGCCGCGGAGGAGGGGGCGGCCGGGACGAGGGGGCCCUGCCCGGGACGAGGAGGCCCUGCCCGGGACACGCUUGGGAUGAGGAGACGCCCCCCCGGGACAUUCCAAGAGUCAGUUUAUCAGCCCUGGCAGUGGAAAUUGACGACCUCUCACACCCCACUUCGAGUGAGGUGUUCACCAAUUUACCCCAGGAGAUUGAGAGAGAGCUAUCAAGAGAUAUUUGAGAUCGUGAUGAAAGCAGCAGAGGGAGCCAGCUGCCUUGCUUUGGAUGUACCAGCGCUGCUGAUGCCCUGCAACUAGCCCAGCACCGAACCUCCACCUGCUUUAGCCCGGGACAGUGACUCUCCUGUUCCCACAGGUUGUAUCAUUCUACAGGAAAUAUUUGGAAAAGUUGAGCUUUGCUGCAUCAUUAAAGUUUACUGACCCAUUCAGGCUGUACCAUCACCUCUGGCAGUGAGCAGCAUCUAAACGCUUCCCAGGAACCUGAGAAAACACCCCUGCAAUUGCAAAAUAUAACUGAGCGAGAAAUAAAAAACAUCUCCAUCUC